CUCUGACUUAUGACUUCAGUGGAUCAGGCAAUCAUCUAGUCUGGUUGAUUUCAUGUUAUUUAUUUUCGUUUCUCCUGAAAAGACAACAGUAAGAAUAUCGUACACUGGUUCAGCGGAUUGAACUUCUAAGCUGACAAAUACAGAUCCUAAAGUAUACGAGAGUAAAACAAUUCCAUUAACAUUGCUGCUGGGUAAAAAUUGCUAAGUGUCCUCUGCACGUCGGAUUUCUACAUGUUUGACUGUUAUUGGUGCGGCUGACAAUCGAUACAGAUACUAAAGCAUUUUAGGACAUUCUAGAUCUAUUAUUGAUCUACUGAACAGGAUUUAGCAAUCAAGUUAAACACACGCAAUAACCCACACAGUCAAGAUGCGCCCACCUAGUUCAUCUAACGAAUUUCAAAUUCAAGGAGGUGGUAAUGAGUUUGUCACGAGACAAAAACAAAUGUUCGAACAGUUAUCACAGGCUGCAAAAAAGUUUAAUAAAUUCGAGAACUGUCAGAGUUUGACUGAAGCAGAAAUGCAGAUGUUGCGACAGCGAUCAAUGCCAAUAAGGAGCCCACAUUCGUUCUUAAAAAAAAAGCGUAACGAGACGUUGCAAUAUUGCGGCAAAGAAAGUAUAUUCAAACGUCCAGAGGGACCAGCACCAAUGAAAGUUCGCAAGAGCAUUCCGGAUCAUCACAGACAUCCACAAAAGUGGACCAAAUACAGCCUAGAAGAUGUGCAAACAGAACAAAUGUCCGAUCGAAGUAAUGCUCAGGCUGCAUUUUCCUUUCUGCGAGAAUUGAGGGCACGAAAAAGUAUUGAAGAUUUAGAACGAGAAAAAGAUAUGGAGAUCACUACCGACGGUGUGGAAUCAGAAAAUCAAAGUACUUCGUCGAUUCGAUGUAAAUCCACGACGCACAUACCUUUCAGAAAAAUUGCUAAGAGAAAAACCGAGAAAGAACAACCAGUUGUGAUCGUCGAGCGUCCCGAUCGACCAAUAUUUCAAAAUAGCAAGAUUAUAUUGCCUGAGUAUGUAGUUGGACAGAAACAGGAAAAAGUCAAAGUUGCAAGGUCUGCAGUCAAAGUUGAUAGAACUAAGCAACUGAGACUCGAUCACUUGGAGGAAAUUGAUGAAUAAUUCAUAAUGUAACAUUGGUUCGAUUCGUAAAAGUGAGAAAAUAUAUUAGAUGUCAUGCACUCGA